AUGCUGGCUCCUGUGAAGACUCUUGCGCAUCGAGUCUCUCUUUACUUUCGUCGAUCCAGCUCGCUCUCCGCAUCUGACGUUGCUCAGUCUUCAUCUGAUGAGCGACCUUCCUUAAGCCAGAGCUCCCUUGUCUAUACCUCCGAAGACGGACAGAGCAGACGCUAUACCAGCUCUGAGGAAGAGGACUCGCAACUUGUUUCUUUAAUUCAGAUCGCAACUGCUCAGACAUCAAUGUAUGGUUCGUUCAUUAUAGACACAAGCAUUGCCACUGGGCAAGCCAAUUUUCCGAUCGCUUCGGGUGGACUUGGAGAUGUCUACAAAUGCAUAUUGAACAGGGGCGCGAGUCGGGAAGAAGUUGCUGUCAAAUCUCCACGGUUCCCAAGUCUCACGGAUGCCGAAGUUGCCAAAAUAAAUCGUAAUCUUGACCGCGAAAUCAAAGUCUGGGCCAGAUUAGAUCAUCGAUAUGUAUUAUGCCUUCAUGGCACCGUAAUAGGUUUUGGUCCGUUUCGAGCAUUGGUUUCCCCCUGGAUGCCGAACGGGACAUUGAACUCCUACCUUACUCGUGCACAUGAAACUCUCACAACGAUCGGUAGGCUUCACAUUCUUAAACAGAUCACAGAGGGGCUCAAAUAUCUCCACGACAAUAACGUGAUUCACGGCGAUCUGACCAGUAACAAUGUCCUAGUUGCUGCCGAUGGAUCCCCGCGCCUUGCAGACUUUGGUGUUUCGAAUAUCAUGGUAGAAUCCAACCCGGCAUUCUCCUACCAAACUGGCGCAGUUCGCUGGGCAGCUCCAGAGCUCAUUGUCCUCCAGGAAGGUCAAACCGUGCAAUGUGCCACAAAAUCCAGUGAUAUAUAUGCUCUUGGGUGUAUCAUGCUUCAGGUGUUGUACGGCAAACCACCCUACUGGUGGAUCAAGACUGCCCUGCAAGUUAUGGCAUUAAAGUUCAAUUAUCAAGAGCCCAUUAAUAAUACCAUGCAAAUUCAAGCAUGUCACCUAGAUUUCAUGCGGCGAUGCUGGUCAAUCGAGAGUGAAAAUCGUCCAGCAGUGGAGGAGGUACUGGACUUUCUCGAGAAAGCCAUCUCUAUUGGGGCAUCAUCUUAG